AUGGCUCCAAAGAAGGUGGAAGCGAAGAAGCCAGAGGCAAAGAAGCCGGAGGCAAAGAAGGAGGAAGCCCCUCCGCCGCCCAAACCGGCCGAGCCGGAGCCCAAACCUCCGGAGGUGGACCUGAAGAGCAUUGUGGUGGAGUUCAGCGCCGACCAGAUCGAAGAGUUCAGAGACGCCUUCACGCUGUUCGACGAGACGCCGGCGGGCGAGAUGAAGAUCAGCUUCGCUCAGUGCGGGGACGUAAUGCGAGCGCUGGGACACAACCCGACCAAUGACGACGUGCUGAAGCUGCUAGGACGCCCGAAGGCCGAGGACAUGAACGUCAAGCUGCUGGACUUCGAAAGCUUCCUGCCAAUGCUGCAGCACGUGGCGCGCUCCAAGGAGCAGGGCACCUUCGAGGACUUCGUCGAGGGGCUCCGCGUUUUCGACAAGGAGGGCAACGGCACGGUGAUGGGCGCUGAGCUGCGCCAUGUCCUGUCCACGCUGGGAGAGAAGAUGACGGAGCACGAGGUGGACCGGCUCAUGGUGGGACAGGAGGACGCCAACGGACACAUCAACUACACUGAGUUUGUCAAACACGUCCUGGCAGGGUAG